CCACCAUUACCAGAGAUUAAAGACCCUGCUAUUCGUGCAAGAGUUUUCAUUCAUAAAUCCAUUAUCAAGGAUAAACUAUUUUUAUCCAAAAGGGAACAACUACAUUCUCAUAAUGAAAGAUUGGAAUUUUUAGGAGAUUCCGUUUUGAAUAAUAUGAUGACUCAAAUUGCAUAUCAUAGAUUCCCUGAUGCAGCUGAAGGUGUUUUAUCAGUUUUGAGAACAAAAUUAAUCAGUAAUGCUACUUUAAUGCGUUGGUCUUCUGCAUAUGGGUUAGACAAAGAGUUGAAAAAGAACACUCCUGAUGAAACCCUGAAUAACGGUAAAAUGAAGUUAUAUGCUGAUGUGUUUGAAGCAUAUAUCGGGGGAUUAAUGACUGAAAAUCCAGCAAAUUAUACUGUUGUUUAUGAUUGGUUGAAACAAUUAGCUGAGCCAAUUUUGAAGAAAAACGAACCUAAAAAAGAACAAAGAUCAGAGUUCAGACCAAACGCCAAGAUGGAGUUGUACUCUUUAAUUGGUAGUGCAAGUUUAGGUCUUCAUUAUGACUGUAUUCAUAGAGAUACUAGAUCAGUUCCAACCACUUUCAUUGUGGAAUUACGUACUGGUGCUGGUGAUUUGUUAGGUACAGGUCAAGGUGAAAACAUUAAAAUCGCAGGUACUAAAGCUGCCAUGGAGGCAUUGGAUAAUAAAGAACUUAUUGAAAAAUAUUCGAUUUUGAGAGCAAAUACCCCAAGAGAUGCUUCCAAAAUACCGUCACACGAAAUGAACAAAAAUGGGAUUUCA